AUGACGACAAUUACCCAGAUGGCCUCCUCUUCUGCCAUUGACGCCUCUCCUUUCCCCCCUGCCGCCAACACUGCCGUCUUCCGGGGAAAGGACGCCUCCGAAUCCGCGACUCCUACUGCGACCACCACAAUUACCACCACCAACAAAACCACCAAACUCGCCCGCGACACAAAAUAUCGCCAUGUUUUCGCCACACACUCCCUGACGCGCACCUCGUGCCUGAGCCACGAUGCAGACAAGACCCCUAGUUUUGUUGGCUUCAGGAAUCUCAUGAUCCUGGUGCUCAUCGUGUCCAACUUGCGAUUGAUGAUUGUGAACCUACAAAAGUAUGGUGUCCUUAUAUGCCUCUCCUGUCACGACUACAGCCGCUCCGACGUCAUCACCGGCCUGCUCCUGUACCUCCUCGUUCCUGCCCACCUGUUCGUCACAUACCUCAUCGAACUGGCCGCCGCCUGGCAGGCCAACCGAGCGCACGCCCGCAUCGCCGGGGAGCAUGACAACGAUUGUCCCGCCAGGUACGCAGCAGCACUGCGCAGCUUCAACUUGACCUGGUACAUGAUAGCCUUCUUCCACAGCGUUAAUGCUGUCGCAAAUCUCUACAUUGCCACAAAGUAUGUCUACUACGACAUCUACCAUCCGGGAAUCGGAACGCUAUGCGAGAUGCACGCCGUCAUCGUCUUCUUGAAGUGCGCUUCAUACGCACUCACGAACCGCGACCUGCGCCAUGCCUACCUCCACCCAAAACAGGCUGAUCCGCUUCCCGAGCUAUACAAUACGUGCCCAUACCCGCAAAACAUCAACAUGAAGAAUCUCUGCUACUUUUGGUGGGCCCCGACUCUUGUCUAUCAGCCUGUUUAUCCUCGAACAGACAAAGUACGCUGGGACUUUGUCUUCAAGCGAUUGCUCGAGGUGGCGGGCCUCAGCAUCGUCAUCUGGAUUGCCUCGGCUCAAUACGCUGCGCCACUGCUGCAAAACUCCCUCGACAAGGUCCUUACCCUCAACUUCACCUCUAUUGUCGAGCGCGUUAUGAAGCUCUCCACCAUCUCCGUAUUUUGCUGGCUCUGCGGCUUCUUUGCUCUUUUCCAGUCGGCGCUUAAUGCCCUUGCCGAAGUAAUGCGUUUUGGCGACAGGGAAUUCUAUGGUGACUGGUGGAAUGUGUCGUCUAUUCGCACCUACUGGACAACCUGGAACAAGCCGGUGACAAAUUUCAUGCGUCGGCACAUUUACUCUCCUUUAGUUGGUCGUGGCAUCCCUCCUCCCGUGGCUCAGAUUCUCGUCUUCUUCUUUUCCGGUGUACUUCAUGAGUUGCUUGUCGGAGUGCCCACGCAUAACAUUAUUGGUGUAGCAUUUGCGGGCAUGAUGAUCCAAAUUCCACUCAUUGCGCUCACCGACGUCAUUCAGAAGAUUAGAUGUAUUCAAGGCAAGGUCGCAGGCAAUAUGAUCUUCUGGGUCAGUUUUUGUCUUGUGGGACAGCCGCUCGCCGCCUUGCUUUAUUUCUUUGCAUGGCAGGCCAAGUAUGGGAGUGUGAGCCGACAAGUAAGCGAUAGUCCCAUUAACAUGUUCUAUCGGCGGUAA